AAUAUAUAUCGCGUUACAACAUUUUCCAAUAACGAAUAGCUGCCUCAUGUCAGGCUGUUCAAGGUUGUUAAAAUGAAACGGCGGAUGCUUUGAAAGGAUCUGACUUACAUAGCGUACUUAAUGUUCUGGGUGACGGCCUGGACUCCGUAUUGUCUUAUUAUCUAGUUUGCAUUAAACAUUUUUCUCACAGGAAAAUAAUAACAAUAUAUAUUGUGCAAAAUGCUCAAUUACUAAUUUGUCCUGCUCUUCAAACUAUCUCAGAUCUCUACACAACCCAUAUUAGUCAAAAUAAUUAUGUAUAUUUAUGAGCAUUUUUACACUUUCUCCUUGAGUGCCACUUUGAUUAUACGCUUGUUAUGAUUUUGGAAUGCCGUGUAAUAUUUGUUUGGGUCAAUUUAAAAGUCUUGUGAAUUGGUCUACUGAAUAAUACGUAAUAAUUUUCUGACCGCUCGCAAUCCCGUCUUUAUUCAUAUACGUGAACUGAAAUAUCUAUGUCUCCGGAAGCGCCACGCUGUGAGAAGAACUGCAAAAUAGCUAGGUCACCACUGAUUUACAAAGGUCAUGUGUAUCACCCGUAUAUCAAAAAUAUAAUAAUUGGAGGAGGAUUGAUGGCAUUGGGUGAAAUUUGUGCUCAGUCACUUAAAAUGUGCUUUUUUGUUGCUCCUAACUAUAAUUCAGGCUCCAAUACCGACCUGUGCUCUGUUUGUGAUCAAGAAUCAUCUAAAAAGUCUUGGAUAUAUCUCAUCACAGAUACCAAAAAUUACAACUUCAACACCAUUAUUAGACAGAGUGCUAUCGGAUCGUUCCAGGGAUUCUAUCAAUUUAUAUAUUAUAGUUGGUUAGACAAAGUAUUCUCUGGAGUGUCGUUGACUAUAGUUGCAAAGAAGGUGUUGUUAGAUGAAGUGUUAAUAGGACCUAUAAGCCUGGCGAUAUUUUUUCUUUAUAACGGAUUUUGUGACACAUGCACGAUGGCUGGAGCUUUUCAGCGGUGUCGUCAAUCCUUUCUUUCUGGUUAUUUGUCAGACUUAGUUUAUUGGCCUAUAUUGCAAACCAUUAACUUCGCCCUUGUUCCUCCUGGAUAUCGUGUCUUAUAUGUCAUAUUUUUCACUAGUCUUUGGAAUACUUAUUUAUGUUUCUUUAAUGCUCGUAUGGGCCGCAGUGGUUCCGGGAUCGAAAACAACCGAUAAAGGGAAGAUUACAACUGAGGAGGUUUAGUAAAAUCCCAUAUUGUUUUUUCAUACAUUAUUCUAAUUACAACUUUUGGCGUCAGGAGUUUGGCUGUUGUUCUAUGACAAUCACACUUCGUUUUGUGUAAUUUCUCAUAGAACAUCUCCUUGGUAAAAUAUCUGAAUCAUUUAAGGCUUUAUGGAAAGACUGUUCACUCAUUUUCAUAAUUAUAUUUAUUUUCCUUUUUCGUCCGCACCUGUAUUUUUGGUGAUACGAUAAAUUUUGAUCGUUAGAUUUAUAUUAUCAACCAAACUAUUCAUCCUAUAUUUUUACUUCCACUUUAAAUUCAUGUUAACUUUUUUUUCUUAGAAUUUUUCUAGAAUUAAGUGCACCUAACCUACUUAUAUUAUAAAUUCAUUUUUGCGUUUUGAUUUUGUUUUAUAUACACUGAAAAACAGAAUACCACUUCUUAUUAUUCUCAUGUUAUAUUUGUAAUAUGAACGCCCAAGUUAUACCAAUGGUCAACAGUCUAGAUAUGCUUCUAUUUCAGUUCAUUUAGAUGUUAGGCGGUUGCUAUGAUGCCCAAAGAUCCUGGAUUUCUUCCUUCUUGGGGUUGGAUGCGCUCUGCCGAGGAGUCCGAUGCUAGGACAAAACCCUCCAGGCUUUCAGUGGUGGUUUAACUAAGAAUAGUUUUUGGCAUGCAACCGUAUUAAAAUUCUGUAAUCUCCACAAAACCUUACACUAUUAAACAGGGAAUUUAAAAUGUUUUGUAAUGAUUAGUAUUACCAUAAGUUGUUAAAAACACUGCUGCUCGUUUGAAACAAGUAUUUAUUUAAAAAGCUACCUCUUAUUGUCAUUGUUAAUGUAGAUACAUAAAUAAACACAUGUCUGAAAUAGAUUUAUUUGUACUUAAUUUUAUCUAAAGGCUUAUUCUUAAUCAGAAAAAAGCUAUAACAGGGCAUUAUUAACUGAUAUAGGUUGCAUUACUAUUGAUAUAUUUAUAAACUGAAAAAAAAACUUUAUGGUUAAUUAUAUCACAUCAAAUAGUUACAUAUUAUUUUAACAAAUGAUUAUUAUAAUUGUUAGUACGUAUACAAUUGGUAGGACAUCAUUUUUAACUACUUUUCCGUCUUCACCUCUGGUCAAGUAUCAAUCAGUCUUCUUGAUUGAUAACUGAUGGUUCAGUUCCACGUUUGCUCAUAUUGCUGGAAUCAGUUGAAAAUCUCGGUAAAGUUGGGUUAUCCUAGGGAAAACAAAUUCAAGAAACUAAGGUUUUAGAUUAUUUUUCUCUAAUAACUAUUAUCAGUCAGUCAGCUACAACGUAGGACCAGACACAUAUAUACAUCGGUCCAGGUUGCCAUACCUCAUUAGCACAGCAAGAUGGACACCGGAUUCAUAAGAGUGGUUAAGUCAAUGGUGGUAAUAUAUAAAAAAAGAUUGCAUAUAACGAUAUAGUACAGGAAGACAGAAUUAGUUCGUAGAACGAAAGAUAUGAAAUGAUUUUAAUCUCUUAGUUUAAGUGAAGACGAAGAGUGUAUACACCUACGCCAUUGUGAUUGAUUCUGAUCCAUGUCAUCAAGAGUCUCCAACCAUUGGUUACGAUAGUCAAGCAGACCCCAAACAAGUAGUCUGCAUCUACCAAAAUGACUCAGACCAGAUGUUAGUGUCUUCAAGAACUGAUUCCAGGUUUUGUUUGACCGCCCCUAACUUUAUUCCAACCAUCCCCUACACCGGUUAGCAUUGCAUGUCGUGGUUAUCGGUGUUCAGGCAUACGUAACACGUGGCACAAUCAUCUCAGUCGAUGAAGAUUCACAACCUCAUCAACUGAUUUACCAUCAUUCCUUAAUACCCUGUGUCUGUCUAACCUCACUAUUACCUACCCGAUGAUCCCAGCAGAUGCGAGCAAUAUUUCUAAGGCAUUUGUGGUCAAAUACUAGUAGCUUACGAGUAUCUUCUACUCUUGAUGGCCAUGUUUCGCUGCCGUAAAUUAAAACAGAACGAACUGCCGCACAGUAUACUCGUCCCUUAAUUGAUAGACGGAUAUCUUGCCUUCACCAUAGGUGAUAUAAGUUGGUAAAAGCCAAACGUGGUUUUCGAAUAUUUGCUGAGAUUUCGUCGGACACCAAUCCAUUAAGGCUGAUCUGGCUUCCAUGAUAAGUGAAGCUGUCAAACGUACCCCUCUAUGAUUGUCACAGGAUGAUUUUUAACCUCUCUUGUAUAUUGGGACGUUAAGUGAUUGUGACCAGUCUGAUGGGAUAACGUACAACUCCCAGAUUUUAGCUAAAAUAUUACUCAACCUAAUCUCUAAAAUUGGACCACCAUCCUUAAAGACCUCUGGAGCUAAUCCAUUUGGACCUGCUGCCCUUCUUUGUUUCAGAUUAACUAUAGCCUUUUGAACUUGUGCUAGAGUUGGUGAACCUACUUCAAUGUUCCAUUCACACUGUCUUGGAAUGAUGGGUAGUUGAAGAGUAGCUGAAGGCCAGCUGAACUGCUCUCUAUAAUGUUCCGCCCAUCGUUUUAAACAUCUGGACUGGGAGCAGAUGAGAAUGUCAUCUUUUUCCGAAAUAGUCUCACUUACACUUGACUUAUUAAUUCCAGUUUCUUUUAUUAGUCUGUAGGGCUGUUUUGUGUCCUCUGUAGCCACCGCUUUUUCCAUCUCUUUUACUUUCGUUGCCCACCACUGCUCAUGGUUGUUCCUUAAACUUUUGGUUAACCUAGAUCUGAUUUGUUUACGCUCUUCAUCGUGUUCAGAACCUGAUGGGAUGAGGUACUCCAGAAUGAGCGACAAUCUUCUACCGCCUCUCUCCAACGAUGACUGAUGGCAAUAUGGUCUAUUUGGGUCCAUCGGUGGUUUAGUGUAGGUGGUCACCAUGUUAGACGAUGUCUUUCCUUUUUGAUCACUUUAAUGAUAUAUAGUUCACUAUUGCGUGUAAUUUUGUUUCAAUAAUUUAAUUAAUUUAAUGUUCCGAUAAAUAUCGAUUUUUGCAUUGUUUAAGGUGAUGGAUGUGUAAGCUCAAGUUCUAACUUGAAAAACUUUUAGAAGCACCUUAAACAAAGACUAUUUUAAAUAUUUUAUAAUUUUUGAUAUCUAAUAGUGAACCAGUUAUUACUUUCGGAGACGUGCGUAUUUUUUUAGUGAAUACUAUCUAAAUAUAAUCUGCAGGAAAUCCUGGACCUGAAUUUUGUGAUGGCUAACACUUAACAUUAAGGUUUAUCUUCGCUCCUGUAAAAAAUAUUUUUCAUGAGAUUCAAAUCAUAGUUACCUAGUACUUUAGGAGAAAAAUUUAUCACUAAGCUAUUCCGGUUACAACUGACUUUCUGUUAGACUUAGAAAUUUAUAUUGAUUGCUCAUCUAUAUAAAUAGUAAAUAGUAUUUUGUUGUCUGUUCGUUAGUACAUAGCGAGUGCUAUGAAUAAUGGAGCAUAGAAUUGUUUACUACUAAAUAAUCAGUUAGUUUUAGACAAAAUGACUUGCCAUUUCCUAUCCUUACUAUUGAUUGAAUAAGAAAAGUGUAUACGUAAUGUUCAAAUCAUAAGGUUAAUCGGUUAAUAAAUAUAAAAAAUAAAAAACUAAUCAGUUAUAUUUCUUAGUGAAAGCGGCUAACUUAUCACCAAACAGCAUCAAUGUGAGGAAAUUAUGGAACUUUUUACUUUUCGGUGCAUCUGAAAAUUUCGUAACCAUAUGGAAUUCUUACGACGAACUACACUACAAAUUCGUACAUGGAAAGAGGCUCAUAGACGUAUUCCAAAUGAAGACUGGUAUCAGACAAGGCCCCCUAUUUUCACCUUUCCUCUUUCUACUUGUGGUUAACUAAAUUAUGAAGACCUCCAGACAUCAGGGUAGGCACGGAAUACAAUGGACAGCUUGGAUGCAGCUAGCUGACUUGGACUUCUCAUAUGACGUAGCUCUCCAAUCCCAUAAACGGCAUCAAACGCAGGAGGAGACAGCCAAUGUUGCAUCAGUAGAGCUCAACAUUCACAAGAGUAAAAGCAGAAUCUUAAAAUGUAACACAGAUAAGGUCAACCAAAUCGCACUUGAUGGUGAUCUGGAAAGCUUUACGUACCUGAGCAGUAUAAUUGAUAAGCAGGUAGGAUCUGAUGAAAAUGUAAAGGCAUGGAUCGACAAAACAAGGGUGACAUCUGGAACCAAAAACAACUGUCAGCCAACAUCAAAGUCAGAAUUUUCAAUACAAGCGUCAAGACAAUGAUAUUGCACGGAGCUGGAACUUGGAGAACUAUUACAACCAUAAAAAACGUCAAAGUAUUUAUAAACAAUAGUCUUCUGAAAGAUACUCCGGAUUCCUCGACUAGACACUAUCAGCAACAACCUACUACGGUAGAGAACAAACCAACUUUCAACUGAAGAGAAAGUUAGGAAAAGACUCCGGAGGUGGGAAGGAAAUACAUUUCAGGAAUCAUCAAACUGCAUCAUGAGCCAAAUCCUAACUUGGAAUCGUUAAUGGAAAAGGAAGAGGUAGACUCAAGAACAGUUUGCGUCGGGAAUCAGAGACAGACAUCAAAAGAAUUAAUAGCACUUGGUAACAACUGGAAAGGAGAGCCCGGAACGGAGUAGAUUGACGACUGCUGAUCAGUAGCCUAUGCUCCUCCACGAGGUGUAAUAGAUGUAAGUAUGUCACAUAGUCAUAGUUAAAACGUUCAUAUAAUAAGGUUUAUUCGACAAGAUUUUCAAUACGGUUCAUUUGAAAAUGUCAGAAGGAAUAGAAAUGAAGUGGAUUUUUUAAAAUGAAUAGUUUUUUAUUCUUAUGAAGUACUUCCUAUUUUAAUUAACGGUUAUUUCCUUAUUUUGUUUAGCUCUAAUUCUACAAUACCUUCUAAUUUGGUUAUUUUGUUGUUCAUAUAUAAAAAGUAAAUGAAGCAUGAAAGCCUUAAUGUACUUAGUAUUAGAAAGGUUUUUUCAUCCUUCAACAGUACAACUGUAGUUUAUUAAUUUAUUACUGACCUAUGUAAAACUACAAAACAGUCAUUUAACUCAAGAAACCUAACACUAAAUAAAGUCAAUAAUAUUAUUUUAAGGAGUCUCUGAGUAACUAAAAUCACUUAAAACUAUUCUAUCCUAGUGUGGUGCGUGCUACUUAUAUUAACAUAAGUAGUAUAUAACGCGAGUCAGGAAUGUACUGUCUGGCAGCAGAAGAUUGGGAAGAUCAAGAAAGGAAAAACGGGAAUAGAAAGCAAUUAGUAUAGAAAUGCAAGAACAAUGAAGUCCGAGACAAUUAUUGAAUAUUUUGCAAAUGAGGUAUUAUAGUAUGGUUUUUCUAUUUUACCAAGUAACUCUGCAAUGCUUGUUAUUCCAAUUAGUUUCAAUGAUACUGAAAUGAAUUGAUCAUCAUCACCAUAGGACAAUCGGUAAUCGUUUUUUCUUUCACCGUUAUGUAGCAUAUUUGAUAAAUUCAGACUAUUUAAUUCACAUGGAACAGUUAUUGACUUAUUUAAAACUUUCACAGUUUAGUCUAAAAGUUAAGCGCUCAUCGCUAGACAGGAUCACUUUGAGUUCCCUUUCAAGCAGAGUCAUGGAUAUUCACUACAGAGGACGUCCAUACUAGGACAAAAUGUCUCCUUAAUGCUUCCUGGUUCUUAAUCGUUGUCCAGCUACAGUCAGUUCGUGCUGUAAAUUAUGAUUUAUUUACGGAUCAAAGAUAUUUAUUUUAUAAAAUAUGCUUAUUAAACUCGUUUGUCACAUUUGAAUCAGGUUACAAUUGUCAUAACUUAACUAACUUUUCAUGAAUUUAAUUUAGAUCGAAUGAAGCAAUAGUCAGAUAAAAACAUAAUGGAAUAAUGACAACACUGACUAAUCCAUUACUCUGAGCCACAUAAUCCCUAGAUUAUAGAUAGUUAACAAGUAUUAUAAAGAUACAUGAAAUACUUCAUGAAUGAUUUAGUUUUAAUAGUAACAUUUUUUGUACCAUAGUUUUCAUUAUGUAACGUUUAUGUUAUUUUCGUCAACAAGUCAUAGACCUUGAUUUUAAAUUUACCGUAAAUCUAUGCGAUAGCUCACAGAGUAGAUAAAUAAGAUGGCAUUGCCUUUAAAUUCAUUAAAACAAUAGAGGUGUAUCAAUCUACAGCUUUAUGUUAUUUAAAUACUGAAUACAAAGUUGAGACCUUGCAUGAUCCAACCUUAAAAAUUAUGAUAAUUCAAUUAAUCAUACUUGACAAAAUGAUUUUUAUGUUUAUAGUGUGGCGCUUGAUACGAUUGGCUAAUUUGAAACUAUGGUCUAUAAGAAAUAUUUCUCAUGAAAUCAAUAUAAUACAAACAUUGAUUAAAAUAAAUUUCAUCCACGUCAUAUGAAGCCCAGUUGACGAAAUGUAUCUGAGAUAAAUGGGGAUACUGGACAAAACUCUGGAAAUAAUAAUCAUAACUGAUUUUGAGGGACAAUGAUUACUUUUAGAUUACAACCAGCGAUCAAGUAGCAAGAAAAUUUCCCUCAGCUUGAAUCAUGUGCCCCAAGGAUGUGCACUGCUGAGGAGUCCCAGACCACGACGAAACGGCCAUCCAAAGCUUCCAGGUUUUCACUGGUUGUCCUACUUAGAUAGGUUCAUGUUUUCAACGAAAUUUAACAACCUCUACAACCGUUUAUUUACUCCUGUUACCCCUCGCGGAGGAGCAUAGGCAGCCCACCAGCGCUCUCCACAGAACUCUGUCCUGGGCAAUCCUUUUCAGUCGCUAUUUACUCUAACUGGUGCUGGCUGACAGUUGCUCUGAGUUCCAUAUGUCCUUCAACUAUAGGAAUGCUGCCCUUGCUUUGCCGAUUCUUGCCUUUAUGUCUGCAUCCGAUCCUCCACGUUCAUCGAUGAUGCUAACCAAAUAUGUGAAACUUUCCACCUCUUCCAGAGUUUAUUUAUCAGGUGUGAUGCUGUUGGUGUUUUCCGUGUUGUAUUUGAGGAUCUUGUUUUUUAUUUAUGUAUGUUGAGGCCUUCUGAUGCAGAGGCUGUUGCUACACUGGCUGUCUUGACCUGCAUUUGUUUGGGUGUAUGGGAUAGAAGUGCUAGGCUAUCUGCGAAGUUCAAAUCUUCUAGUUGCAUCCAGCCUGUUCAUUGUAUACCGUGCUUCCCCUCAGAUGUGGUGGUCUUCAUAAUCGAGUCAACCGUCUGAAGAUAAAUGAAGAACGACAGUUAGAAGCCUUGUCUGACCCCAGUCUUCACUUGGAAUGCGGAGGUCAGCUAUCCUCCAUGCACGACUUCGCAGUGUAGUCCUCCAUAAGAAUUCCGGAUAAUGUUGACGAUUUUCUCUGACACACUACAAUGUCGAAGAAGUUCCCAUUAGGUUCUUCUAUCCCCUCUGUCAAAUGCUUUCCCAAAGUUAAGUAAGUUGAUGUACAGUGACGAAUUCCUUUCAAUUGACUGUUCACCAAUGAUCUAUAGUAUCGCGAUUUGGUCUGUGCACAACCGUUCUUUACAGAAUCUGGUCUGCUGAUCUCGCGUUUAUUGAAUUGUUCAUUCGGAUCAGCAACACUCUAUUGAAAACGUUUCCUGGUACCGAUGCUAGUGUUAUGUCUCCGUAGUUUUCACAUUUGUUCAGAUCUGUCUUCGAUAUCUUGGUGAGGUAUCGUUCUUUCCAGUUUGUCGGCACUUGUUCCUCCUCCCAAAUCUUCCACAAUCUUUUGCUGACAAUAAAUCUUAGUGUUUAUUUUGAUUAGGAAAAAUGAACCUAGGGUCAUGACCAUGAAAAAGAACGUAAAAGCUAUUUCCGUACACAGAUAUAGCUUUAGUUACGUAUAGCGCUUCUCGAAUGCGAAAAGCAUGUAUUUAUACAAGUUUGGUGGAUUGGUUUUAAUACUAUUAACAGUAUCGAACGAUGAGUCUUUUGGUACUGAGUUAUGGUCAACUACGUGAUGUAAAGUAAAAGAUUUGAUUGAAUCUUUGUUGUGUUGACCUAAUCAGACAUUGUCCUUCAUAUGUCACCCUCAAAUUUUAUUUUUAAAUCGAUUAUUUGUUUAAUAUAUUCUAGUCAAACGUGAAGAUUCACCAAUAAAUCAGUCACUAGGUACUAAACCCCCUCCUUUAUGCUCUCUUCUCAAGUCUUUACUGAUUGUAAGGUUAGGGAAUGAGUCGCAUUUCGCUUUCUGUUUAUAGAGCUAACACAGUUCUCUCUCAAUUACAUGUGAAUAUUUAAUUCAUAGAUCAAUUAGAAAGUUUUCUGGUUUCUUUUCAUCAACGGAACAUCAUACAGAGGCGAAGUUUACGUACAGAUGACGUUUGGCUAUUUACUUCAUCCUAUUUUCAAGCUCCUAGUUUCUCCACAUAUGAAUAACACACCAUUAGCUCUAAUUGAGAACAUAGGAGUAGAAAAGUCGGCCCAUGUCUAAAGUUGAGACCAACUGAAUUCGGUUGCUGCAAUAUUCAAAAUUUGUUUCAACAAUACGAUCAUCUGACUGAGUCUUUGAAAUAAUUUCAUUUCUGUUUACUCUACUAAACUGUAAAUUUUCGAUAUGAGGAUGUCAAGAAUGUUAUUCUGAUUAGAUAUACUACUGGCAUCAAUUUAAGUAACUUAUAAUUUAACACAAACAUAUAUCGUCAUAUUACAUAUCUGGAUAAACAACAAAGAAGACUUGUAAUUUCGUUGAAAUAAUGCAUCUUUAUCUGGAUUAUUAAGGUGAUAGCACUUUUAAAUGGAAAGUUUGGUGAGUAUAAUCAAAAUUAUAUUUAACUUCUGAAAUCUAAGUCAGUAUUCACUACUUCCUUGAUCUUAAUGAUUCUAAAGUCCAAUCAGUUUUGAUAAACGCACGUAUUAUUAUACUUAACAUUAAUAUACACUGAUAACAUUAUAUUUUAAUAGAUGAGACAAUGAGAAAAUAAAAUAAAACCUAUUGUGCUUACAUCAUCUGUGUCGAUAUCAUCUAAUGUCCAACAACAAUAUGUGCCAAGAAAUAUCCAAGCUGAUAUAAAACAGAAAAUGGUAGCAAGCCAUAAUAAAAUGUAUCCAGAACCAUAAUCAAUAGAUGUUGUUGUACGUUGUUUCUAUGUUUAAUUAUAUG